UUGUGCAGCAGCACUGAAGAGGUGACACCAGGUUCGAGCUCUGAGGCCGGGCCGAGCAGCAGCACUGUAACCCCACAUAACCUGACCGACUACAGACAUGUAAUCCGUGGACAGCAGGAUCCUCCAUCAUCUUCUGUCCUGCUGACUUCACAUGGCUCCGAUGACGUCAGGAACAGUCUGUGUCCAGGAUCAAGCACUGCCACUGAUACUGGUGCUCAAGCAACUGUGUUCACAGACACAACACCGACUGGAGCUCAGCGCCAGCUGAACAUCACUGGAAGAGCAGACAGGAUCAGCUCUUCGGUGGGUUCAUCUGUCUUCUCCUGGAGCUCCAACACUCCACAUCUGAGGGCCACACCUGCACUCUUACACCACGGUCCAACCCCUCAGAGAUGCCUCAACAUGACAACAUCUUCAUCUGCAUCUGCGUCUGCAUCUGCAUCUCAUGCGGCCUCUGUAAUAGUAGCUGUGGUGGAGGGACGUGGUUUAGCUCGUGGGGAGAUUGGCAUGGCCAGUAUCAAUGUGAAAUGCCCAGAGCUGGUGCUCUCACAGUUUGCAGACACGGGAACUUAUGCGAAGGUUAUUACCAAGCUGCAUAACCUGAUGCCUCUAGAGGUUCUGAUGCCAGACACUGCCAGUGUGAAAGGACAAGGAACCAAGCUCUACAACCUCAUCAAAGAGACUUUCCGGUCAGUCACAUUCACUGCCGUUAUGAGGAAGUACUUCAAUGAGAAGAAGGGCCUAGAGUACAUACAGCAGCUCUGUGUCCCUGAGUUCAGCACUGUCCUGAUGGAGGUGCAAACUAAAAGUAAACACACCCUGUUUGGGGUCUUGAACUACACUAAGACUGCUGGUGGGGAGCGACGGUUACGCUCCAAUAUUCUUGAGCCCCUGCUGGAUGUGGUCACUAUCAACUCACGUCUGGACACCAUACAGGAACUGCUGCAAAAUGAGGAGCUCUUCUUUGGUCUGAAGAACGCCAUUGCACACUUCCUGGAUAUAGAUGAUCUGCUGUCUGCUCUCGUUCAGGUCCCAAAGCAAGAGACGGUAGCUGUGGCUGAAGCAAAAAUAACGCAAGUAAUUCAGCUGAAGCACAUUCUGGAACUCGUCCCAUCUUUGAAGGUGAUGCUGUCACAUUCCAAAACAGCCUUGUUGGAAGCAUAUUACAACUCACUUGAGGACAGCAGAUUCAACAGCAUUCUGGACCAGAUCAAAUCGCUGAUUAAUGAUGACACCAGCUACACCAAAGGCAGUUUGACCAUGCGCACACAGAAGUGCUAUGCUGUGCGGCCCAACGUCAGCGAAUUUUUAGAUAUUGCACGGCGAGCCUACACGGAGGUGGUAGAUGACAUAGCAGGAUUGGUGACUCAGCUUGGAGAGAAGUACGGCCUACCCCUCCGGACAAGUUUCAGCAAAACACGUGGCUUCUUUAUUCAAAUGAGGCUGGAGGGCGGGGUCUUACCUGGGGGGACGCUACCAGAGGAGUUCAUCAAAGUGACCAGACAGAAGAACAACUAUGGGUUCACCACUGUAGACCUCAUGAAAUUGAAUGACCACUGUGAGGAGGCUUUGAAAGACAUUUUCCACAUGUCUUAUGUGGUGGUGUCCAGGCUACUGAGUGACAUCUAUGAACACAUUCACUGCCUGUACAAACUGUCUGAUGCUGUGUCAAUGCUGGACAUGCUGCUCUCUUUGGCUCAUGCUUGCACGGUCUCAGAUUAUGUGCGUCCUGAAUUCACUGAUACGCUGGCAAUAAAGCAGGGUCGCCACCCAAUCUUGGAGCGCAUUUCUGGGCAACAACCAAUCUCCAAUGACAGCUGCAUCUCUGAGGGAAGCAAUUUUGUGAUCAUAACAGGCCCCAACAUGAGUGGCAAGUCCACCUACCUUAAACAGGUGGCCCUCUGCCAGAUAAUGGCUCAGAUAGGAUCCUUUCUGCCAGCGGAGUAUGCCUCUGUUCGAAUUGCAGAUCAGAUAUUCACCAGAAUAGGAGUGGAUGAUGACUUUGAGACCAACUCCUCCACAUUCAUGGUUGAGAUGAAAGAGGUCUCUUACAUCAUCCACAACGCAAGCGCCAAGUCACUCAUCAUCAUUGAUGAGCUGGGUCGAGGCACCAGUCCGGAGGAAGGCAUUGGCAUCUGCCACAGUGUCUGUGAAUUCCUCAUCAAUCUCAAGGCCUUCACACUCUUUGCCACGCACUAUCUUGAGCUGUGCCAGUUGCAAACUCUUUACCCCAACGUGGAGAACCAGCACAUGCAGGUUCAGCACGUCCGCACAGAAGAUGGCAGAGCAGAGAGGGUUGUCUACACAUACCAGCUCACCCGAGGCCAUUCAGAGGAGCGCAACUAUGGCAUAAGAGCAGCGGAGAUCACCAGUUUACCAUCAGACAUUAUUCAGGAAGCCAAAACUGUUGCAGCUACAGUCGGCCAAAAGCUGUGGGCCAAGCAUUAUAGUGACCCUGCCACGGUCAGACAGAAGGCAGUCUAUCGUUUAGCCACCAGACUGCUGCAAACAGCCCGUAACUCACGGCUGGAUCCAGAGAGCCUACGUCACUUCCUGAAGGGCUUGAAGAGACAGUAUGAGGCUGAAAUUCAAAGUGCUGCAGAGUCUGUAGAGAACGAGGAAUGAGGAAUGGGAUGGUGGGGUUGGAAUAUAGGUGAAAACAGAAAAACAGACAAAAUACAAUUCUUGAACAAAGCCAGGGAGGUUGUUACUAGACCCUGAUGUCUUUUUUUUUUUUUUUUUAAUUAAAAGUAGCUUGUUUUUAUUU